AUGGAAAUGGCUGAUUUUCAAAGAAUUCCUUUAUUGCCUGUCAAUGUUAUCCAAGAAUUCACUUAUGCUCUUUCGUUAUUUGUCCUUUUUGAGAAUAAAGUGAAAAUGAAUAAAUUGCGGAAUCUUAGGAAGAGUCAGAAAAAUCUACCAAUCGCUGCAAAACGCACUGAAUUAUUGCAAACUCUGCUAAAUACGCAAACACUUUUUAUCGCUGGUGAUACUGGAUGCGGUAAAAGUACUCAGUUUCCUUUUCCAGAUCAGUACAUAUCAGAUUUAUACCAGAUGUGUAGAUACCGGAAAUUAAAGCUGUUAAAAUUCCUUUAUUAUUUUACUACUAGUUUAUACAGUGUAAAUGAAGUUCCGCAAUAUCUUUUAGAAGCAGAUUAUGAUCGAAUUGCGUGCACUCAGCCUCGUCGAAUAGCUGCAACGGCACUUGCUCGUCGUGUAGCUUACGAAACUCUUGAUGAGUAUGGUAGCAAAAUCGCAUAUCAAAUCCGUUUUGAAAAAACGAGAACGCUGCGAACUCAGCUGCUCUUUCUCACUGAGGGUCUUCUUUUGAGGCAGAUGCAAAUGGACCAGAAUCUUAGCCAAUAUAACAUUGUUAUUCUUGAUGAAGUGCACGAAAGAAAUCUUUCUGGGGAUUUUUUAAUGGGUCUCUUGCGUGAUUUAGUUCGCCGACGAAGUGAUUUGAAGCUUAUACUUAUGAGUGCCACAAUUAAUAUCGAACUAUUUCAAAAUUAUUUUAAAGAUGCUCCUUUACUUAAGAUAUCUGGUCGUUUGUUCCCAAUUGAAUUGCAUUAUAUUCCUAUCAAGGAAUAUGAUAAUUAUGCUAAUCAAAGGAAAAAGCCAAAAAUUGAUGCAGCACCAUUUGUUAAUAUUUUGCAAAUGAUUGAUGGAAAAUUUGAUAAAAGUGAGAGAGGUGAUGCGUUAAUCUUUCUGAAUGGUAUUGCUGAAAUUACUGCCGUUGCUGAUGCCUUAAAAAUAUAUGCAGAAAGUACAAAACGAUGGAUUAUUUUAAUUCUGCACAGCGCACUAUCAACAGAAGAGCAAGAUAAAGUUUUCGAUGUGGCUCCAGUUGGUAUAAGAAAAUGCAUUAUUAGCACAAAUAUUGCUGAAACGUCGGUAACGAUUGAUCAAAUUAGAUUCGUAAUCGAUUCCGGUAAAGUAAAUCUUAUGAAAUUUGAUCCAAAAACUGGGAUGCAUUCAUUGCAUGAAUAUUGGACAUCACAGGCAUCUGCUGAUCAGAGGAAAGGACGUGCAGGUAGAACAGGUCCUGGUAUUUGCUACAGACUUUAUUCUAGCGAACAGUUUGCAAAAAUGGAUCCAUUCACAAUCUCAGAGAUACACAGAGUCUCCCUUGAAUCACUGGCAAUGCAGAUUGUAAACAUGAAUAUUGGAAUAAUACCAAGAAAUUUCCCCUUCAUUGAGUUACCCAAUAUGAAUGCUCUUGAUGAAGCUGUAGAUUCAUUAAUAAAGCAAGGAAUUCUGGAGCCUGAUAAUGAAAGCGCUCUCACUUCCUUGGGCAAGAUUAUUGCCAGUAUCCCUGUGGAUAUACCAAUUGCAAAAAUGCUGAUUUAUGGUUGUAUAUUUAGUCAAAUUGAAACUGCACUUACUAUUGCUGCUACUCUUUCAAUUAAUUCUCCUUUUACUGUGCGCUCUGCUAGAGACCCAGAAAUACUUAAAAAACGCGAUAAUUUAAUGUCACAUUUUGGAGAUCUUUUUACUUUUCUCAAUGUUUUCAGAGAAUUCGUGAAGCUACAUAAUAAGCGUGCAGAUAUUCGGCAGUGGGGUCGUGAAAAAGGCAUUGAUAUUCAACGAAUUUAUGAAAUAAGUCAGUUGCGGCGACAGUUUAAGGAAUUACUUGAAGAUGGAGGCUUUAUCGAUAAAAGUAAGGGUGAAAAUAGCAAAGAAAGGCGGAUCAGUGCUGGUGAUCGUAAGAGACUCAGCGAACUUAAAAAAGAUGCAAGAUAUGAAGUGAAAAAAAGAAAAACAUUGAAAGCUGGCGCUCAUUUUGACACUAUAGCUGACGAUGAAGGAGGGCCAUCAUUUACGGACAAUAUUCAAGCAGUUGAAUUUUAUAUAAAGAAUCGUGAGAGUGGUAUACGCGAUAUUUUAGAGUCUCAUCAUUUAACUACUAAAUCAAUAGUUAUGAUUAGUAUGACGGUUGUUGCUGGCGUUUAUCCACAAUAUGCUAUUUUGGAUCAAUAUAAUCAUUACAAGGUAGGUAAUGAAUUAUUUGCCCAUACUCGUAAGAAACCGUUUGCUGGUUUACAUCCAAAUGGAUGCCUGGCAUUAUUUCCUGAUGCCCUCAGUUAUGAUCAAAAUGACCAGAAUUUGUCGCGAUAUCAUCAGUUGAUUGUUUUCGCAUCACUUAUUGAGACUACUAAACCAUUUUUAUGUAAUACCAUUUCUGUACCCGCUUUGGUACUUCUUCUUGUUGCUAAAUCCGUAUGUUGUUCAGAUGAUGACUAUUCAAUCGUUUGUGAUGAUUUUGUUCACUUUAAAUUUUCUAGGGCAUCUGAUUUUUUUACUAUCAUUGAAAACACUUCAUCAAUUAGAUGUCAGAUCGCCAGCUCAAUAAGAAAUCGUUUAAAUGGUGAUUGUUCUGAGUCAAAAUCUUUGAUUAAAAACAUCACUUCUUUUUUGAAAUACGAUUUCGAAUACAGAAUGACUCGAAGAGCAUGCCCUGAAGACGUGGUCAGUAUCGGCUUUAUUCUUCCAACUGGUGAAAAAUUAUUAGAAGAUGAAGAAAAUGAUGUUGCUUCAUAUCUUCGUUGCAAUAAAAAUGACGUUGAAAUUCAUGAAUUAGAAAAAAGUGAAGGAAUUACAAAUAAAGUGGAAUAUUUUUGUGAGAUUUGUAGAAAAAAUUUGUUUUUCGAUUCGAAUUUCGAUAUUCUCCGCCAUAAGCGAAUACAUGAUUAA